AUGGAUAUAAGGGUUGUAAUAAUACUCUUAUCCAUAUUACUCCCCAGAUCCGUAAAUGGCGACGGAUCUGCACUACCUGGAAAUUGCACUCAACCACCAAACACCUCAAUGAUUAUCUACAACAAGGAUGAUCCGAAUAUUUUAACUCAAAAAACUCCAGCUGGAGAGUGUGAAUGCAUGUCGGAUCCAACAAAGAAAAUAUAUUUCUUCAGUCCUGGAGAACAAAUCCCGCCGACUGGUCCAAAAGCAGGAGAGUCCCCAAUAGGCAUGCAAUGUCGAAAAAAGGAAGAUUAUUGUGUUUGUGAUGAAUCUGACGUUUGUUGGACAGUAGAAAACGCGUAUGCCGAACUGAUUAUUAACCCAUAUUGCGAUCCGACCUGUCAUAAUUAUGUAAGAAUGAACAACAUUGAACCAAAAACUCAAACUCUUGUAAGUGAUAAUGGACAGCAAAUCAAACUCAGUGAUCAACUAAUGAAGAUUAAUGAAAAACAGAAUUCAUUCAAAAAGAUGGAAAGUGAUUCAAAUGCUUAUGUAAAAGUAUGUGGUAAAAGUCUUAUAUUUCAUCGAGGAAAAUAG